GUAGAUUCCUCCCUGAACAUGCAGAUGAGAUUGUCGAACUUUGCCUGUCCUUCAACCUCGAAGUCACACAGAGACACCGUUCACAUCUUCCCAUUUCAACGUUAAUUGCAGGAUCCCAGCGCCUGGCAAAUCCACACACACACAGUGUCUCAAGUCUUCAGGGCAGAGAUGAGCAGAGAGCAGGAGAGAUACCCUGAACGGAAUAUUCCCAACCGUGAGAAGGAGCAGCAUGGAAGAAAACCUGAGAAUUCCAAGAGCAAAAUCAGGCUCCACAGCCCAAACCCUGCAGAACCCUCCAGGUGCCCUCUCUGGCAGUUCAUCGCUCUGACUCUGGGAAUCCUUUGUCUCUCAUUGUUGGCAGCAGUGGCUGUGUUGGCUGUUCUGGGAACACAAUCAUCUUCCUUCAGCCAAGAACAAGAGUCCCCUGUCAGAGCCACUAAACUUCUCCAGGAAGCGGUGACACAGGAAACACCCUCCGGCCAAGAACAUAAGUCCCCUUCCAGAGCCACUGGACCAUACCAAGAAGCACUGACGCAGGAAAGUUGUCACUGCCGAACCUGCCCAGUGCCUUGGUUUGGCGAUGGAAAAAACUGCUAUCAAAUUUCUUCGGAAAAGAAAUCUUGGGAGGAGAGCAAAAAUGACUGCAAAUCUUGGAAUGCCACCCUUCUUCAGAUAUACAACAAAGAGGAGCUGGAUUUCCUGAAACUCCUUCCAAUGAUGGGGUGGAUGGGACUCUCCCGUCAAUCAGCUGAUGAUGCUUGGAAAUGGACUGAUGGCUCGAUUUUACAGAAGGACUUGAUCCAAAUCAACGACGUUCAAGAACCUGGCAACUGUGUCAUUUUCAGAACAAUUGAUGUACCCUACUAUGCUAAUUGCAAAAAAAAAAUUACCUUUAUCUGCAAAUUAUAGUCCUGCUCACCAUGAUAACUUUGGAAACCAAGAAUUUCAGCAGAAGUGAAAAUGUAUAUUCUGGGAAAUACUGGCUUCAGGAACUCCUACAAUACUGGCCCUAAACAUUUCAGUGAGAUUUUUACAGCUCCCCAUUUUUGAAGUGUCCGUAGUCAGAUUUGGAAGGAGAUGGAUGAUGGUUUCACAUGGUGGAGAAACCGAUGUCACUUCUCCACCUCUCUUUGUGUUUGUCACCAGCUAGUUAACCUUCCAAUUCAGUUAAUGUCAACUGUCAUCUAAUUUAUUUAGGCGGUUACAGCCUUUGGGAGACCUAACUUCAUACCAAAUUGAAGUAGUAUUAAUCAGUGGUGGUAUCCAAUCUUCCACAUAAUUGUCAGUACUGGAUCUAAUAUGAGGACUAGUCAACUUCUUGCAUUACACAAUGGCAAGAUCAUCUUUGAGAACCAAGUAUACUUGCGUGCAUGUGUGUAAAAUAGAUUUACCUUUGGAGAAAGCCCAUGUGAGAUUUCUACCAGGAUAAUAAACCUAAUCAAUCAAA